GUGGCGGUCGCACCUGCGCGAGUUGGGUGAAGGAGGAGGAGCGAGGUGACGCAGGCGUAAUAAUAGAGAAGGUGCCAGAAAGAUCCAAAACAAGUGGCUGCGGCCGUCGCCCAGGAGUCAUCGGACGCCGGAAUCUGGCCCUGGUUCUGAGCUUGUUCCGCACCCCUCCCCUGGGAAUGGCGUUGUCCGGGUCGACCCCGGCCCCGAGCUGGGAGGAGGAUGAGUGUUUGGAUUACUACGGCAUGCUGUCGCUUCACCGUAUGUUCGAGGUGGUGGGCGGGCAGCUGACCGAGUGCGAACUGGAGCUCCUGGCCUUCCUGCUGGAUGAGGCUCCCGGUGCCCCCGGAGGCCUGGCCCGUGCCCGCAGCGGCCUGGAGUUGCUUCUGGAGCUGGAACGCCGUGGGCAGUGCGACGAGAGCAACCUGCGGCUGCUGAGCCAACUCCUGCGCGUGCUGGCCCGUCACGACCUACUGCCACAUCUGGCCCGCAAGCGGCGCCGGCCAGUAUCCCCCGAGCGAUACAGUUAUGGCAGUCCUGGCUCUUCUUCCAAAAGGACAGAGGGCAGUUGCCGGCGUCGGCAACAGUCAGGUAGUUCUUCUGAUUCCCAGCAGAGUCAGUGGGACACAGGUUCCCCUCCUACCAAAAGGCAGCGGCGGAGUCGGGGACACCCUAGCAGUGGUGCCAGGAGGCGGCGGAGAACAGGCCCAGCACCUGUGCAGCAGCAGUACCAGGAGCUGGGCAGGCCCUCAUCAGAAGGCAAAGUGACCUGUGACAUCCGGCUCCGGGUUCGAGCAGAGUACUGCGAGCAUGGGCCAGCCUUGGAGCAGGGCGUAGCGUCCCGGAGACCUCAGGCAUUGGCCCGACAGCUGGAUGUGUUCGGACAAGCCACUGCAGUGCUGCGGUCAAGGGACCUGGGCUCUGUCGUUUGUGACAUCAAAUUCUCAGAACUCUCUUACCUGGAUGCCUUCUGGGGUGAUUAUCUGAGUGGUGCCCUGCUUCAGGCCCUUCGGGGUGUCUUUCUGACUGAGGCCCUGCGGGAAGCCGUGGGCCGGGAAGCUGUCCGCUUGUUGGUCAGUGUGGACGAGGCUGACUACGAGGCUGGUCGGCGGCGCCUGUUGCUGAUGGAGGAGGAAGGGGGACGGCGUGGGACAGAGGCCUCCUGAUCCUGGAGCUGGCAAGACUGACCCCACCUCCAAGUCUCGGGGCAACCUUCUUCCCUGGAAGAUGACUAUGUUGCCCCCAGAGGACCAUCACUUUAGCAACUCUGAGGACUGCGUCAGGUCUGCAAGUUCCUUGACUGCCUCUCCUAUAGGAUGUGGGCUUUGAGGCAUAAACCACUUCCAGCUGCUUCCUUCCCAGUUUUCCCCCACUCCAAGUGGAUUCCCUCAACUUUGGGUGCCAGGUUUGCUGAGCCCUAAAGCAGGGAGGUGUAGCCACAGUCACCAAAGCCCCCUGCACAUCGUUUCUCUCAGCUUGUGCUGAUGCUGGCUGGCCCCACACACUUUAGCCUAAGGGCUUCUCUCUCAGGAUCUUGGAUUUUAUUGUCCCCAUCAGGACUUCAGCCACAGCAGUGGGCUCUGGAGCUGGGGUGCCCAUGGGGCUUGCUCACCUCACCCCUUCACUCAUGUAACCAGCCAGGGCUCUGUGUGGUGUACACACAGACAUCAUCCACCUCUCACCCCUGCUCCCUGGAGCAGAGACAGCCUUGCCCUUGGACUCUUUGACCCAGAGUAUCACGUGGGUUUUGUGGCCACAGCCGUUCGAGGUCAGUGUUGUGUACAGAGCUCAGGCCAGAAUUAGCCACUCUCUCCAUGAAGGGAAGGCAAAGACUUGGGGCUGGUGGAAGAUGUUUUGCAAAUUGCGCCAAUAAAACUGCCCCGGAAAGGGCAUAGGUGGGCAUCAAGGCUAAGUACUUUUUAUUGGUGGGCAAGGUGAAAGAUUGUCUUUCAUGUGGUGGCCUCAUGUUAGGGCUGAAGGAGAUGCUGGCUCAUUUGCCAGGUGCUGCUGUAGGGAUCUCUGUUCCUUGGGCCUCACUUUCCUUAACUGUCAAAGAAGGAAUUAACGCCUCAGAGUCAUUGACUCCCAGCCCUGUUCAUACAUGCUUUGUAGAAUUCUGUAUGUUCAUAGAGAGGAAUUCUUAAAUUUUAUGUAUAUGGAUGUUCUGCCUGCACGUAUGCCCAGUGACCAGAUGUGUUCCUAGUGUCCAAGCAGGCCAGAGAAGGUGUUGGAUAUCCUGAGUCACUGUGAGGCUGUGGGGCCCUCUGAAGGAGGAGUCAGUGAUCUUAACCACUGAAUUCUCCAGCGCUUUCAGGGUGUGUGCGUGCACAUACAUAUAGCCUAUGGAAGCCUGAGAGGUCAGAUCCCUGGAACUAAAAUUCCCAGUAGUUGUGAGCUGCCUGGACUGGCAGCUGGGAACUGAAUUCUGAAAGAGGACCUCAGGAUUUUCAGCCUGCUCAGGGAGAGGAGCUGAUGGAGCCCUGGAGAUGGGACACUGGAGAGGAGAGGCAGCCAGGGGUUUUCCACUCCUCAUCUUUCUGAAGCUGAAGCACGGCUUGCUGAGGGAGCACUCGGCGCCUUUCCUCUGAAGGCGGAGAUGCAGGAGAUGGAACUUCUGACACAGAACCCAAGUCUUCCAUCCCUAGGGCCUAAGGAGGAGGACUUGACAGUUGGGAGGUGAGUGGGUACAGAUUCCAGGGGCUGCCCUUUUCUGGACCAAGAAGUGCACUUAUCCAUGUCUAGGUUCCUUCCUGGACCUCUGCUGGUUGGUGGACAGGGACUCUGGCGGUUCAGUUUUGUCCAGGAUACGGAGGGAGGCUAGUCCAGCCAGUUCCCUUGUGAUUUGCUGGUGCCCAUGCGGGAGGGGAGGCUGACUUAAGUAGCCCUUCUUAACUGUCCGACCUGAGAGGAGCCUCGGCUUUGUUUUGUUAGUUUGUUGAGAACAGGGUCUACCUUGUAGCCCUAGUUGGCCUGAAACACUGUGUAGACCAGGCUGACCUCCAACUCAGAGAUCCUUCUGCCCCUGCCUUCAGAGCACCGUUAGGCACACAGUUUACCACAAUUUAGCUUUGAGGCUCCCUUCUGGGUUUUAUGUGUACCUGGAGGUGGAAACUGCCACCUGCCUUAGCCUAGGUCUGGCUCCCACCUCAUUUCCGGGAUGCGCCUCUGUUCAAGCCUUGUGGCAGCUCUUCUGACCUUUCAACUCUCAAGUUGUGGCUUCUGCCUGGGCAGGUUUCCAGCUCCACCCCCACCUUACCCGGUCACCUCUGCCUGGCAUGUGCACCAGAAAGAAAUGAACCUAUGUUGGAGGGAAGGAGCCCGCGCAGGUGCAGUGUGUUCCCGGAAGCCUGUAGUGGUGCGAGCCUGAGGCAUUGUCUGGCCUGACAGAGCCAUCCAAGGUGGUGCAUGCUCCACAGAGCUCUCCGGGGCUUGUCAGUGUUGGGUACUAGAGAUGACUGACACCCAGAAGUGCCUUUGACCAGCACUGUGAGGGCAGUCCAAGAGCUUCAAAAGUCCAGAAUCAAGAUAGGAUCCUGUGGGGGCUUGAGGAUAAUGGCCCCUCCUUCCACAUGGAACAGAGCUGAGGGCUGGCCUGUGAAUGAGGAGUUCCCCAGAAUGGUCCCUGUGUGUGUGUGUGAGGGGGUGUGGGGGGUGUGGUGUGGUGUGUGCUGAGCAGAACAGCCCUUUCCAAGGCCUCAGAGAACAUUCCUGAAUGAGAUGUAGAGACUGGAGCUAAGAGACAUAAAAUGGGAAAAGCCACCUACACCCUCAUUUGGUGUGCAUUCCACCUACCUCCACAUUUUUCUGUGUGGGGAGUUGAGAACUGUCACAAACAGACAUGGGGCCUUGCAAUGACAAUAUAAGGUGACUAAGGUAGGUCUAGUGUGUGGGGGCCUUGACAGCAACUAUUCCAAGAAGCCUUUAUGUCCCCAGAUUGACUGAAGACCCUGAGAGCCCCUGUUCUGGUAACAAGCCACACUGGGGACUCCAUGACUCAAAGACCAGAGCGACCAGAGAGCUAUGACUGAGUGAGCACUUGGCAUAAACUGGAGAAGCCCCAGGACGGUGAAGGAGAGACACUGCCUGUUUGUUAGCAUCUUCAGGUCAAGCAUUGAGUCAUGAAAUAGGACAUUCAGAAAAGUACAUAUGAUACCACAUAGUAAGGUAAAAUCUUAUAACCCCAUGUCAAAAAAUAAAUACAGUACCAUCUCUCCAGGAGGUUCUACCAGUUCCAGCUGCCUCUGCCUUCCACACACCCAGCUGCUACAAUGUAUUUUUACUUUUUCAUAUAUUUUGUGUGUGUCUGACUUAUUCGCUGAUACUCUGAGGUUCUUCCAUUUGUGCUUAUCUGAAAUUGAUGGGUCUUGGUUGCUAUGUAGUAUCCUAUUGGGUAGAUACACCAUUAAUUCAUGUGCUGGAUGGAUAUUUUGAGAUGGUCCUAUUUGAAGCCGAUGUGAACAUUCUUGUGCGUGUUUGUGUUUUUGUUUUGUGAGCAAAUUCUUCUUUCCACUGGGAUCUCACUUGAGGUAGAAUUGCUAGCCAUGAGUGUGAAUAAGCUCUGGUUUAGUAGAUACUGUCUGCCACUGUAUCUUAUAAUCCUAAGGUUGCCAUAGACACAGUGACUUAACCAAGCAGAAGUUAUAUUUAUUUAUUUGUUGGUUGGUUGGUUUUUCGAGACAGGGUUUCU